GUGAAUGUUCCUAUUCUCUGGAUAAAUGUGCAAUUUAUUGUUCGUAAUUUUCUCACAUUACCCUCGACACUGAAGAAUCCAGCCCAAGCGCAGAGAAAAUGAUCGUCUGCCUCGCCGUCGUCGGCCACCAGAACAAUCCGCUCUACAUACAGAGUUUCACUGAAGCAGAUGAUGCCCUUAAGCUUCAUCACAUGGUUCAUUGUUCUGUCGACGUCAUUGAUGAAAGAGUGGACAAUCCGAAAAAGUCUGGCCCAACGAUAAAUGAGACGUUUCUUGGUUUGCUUUGUCCAACUGAAAACUACAAAGUGUACGGUUACUUGACCAAUACCAAGGUGAAGUUCAUAUUGGUGACAACAGAUCUCGAUGUCCGAGAUGCGGAUAUGCGAACCUUUUUCAGGAGGUUCCAUGCUGCCUAUGUGGAUGCAGUUUCAAACCCAUUUCAUGUUCCGGGUAAAAAGAUAACUUCCAAAACUUUUGCAGAAAGAGUCGCCACGAUUGUCAAGUCAUUUGGAUUGACUACAACUGGAUGAUGCUGAAAUACCAUUGCCCAUUUUAUCCUAUGCUGAAGCUUUUGGUUUUUCUUUACCCUCCAUUUUUCGGCUGAAACAACACCCCAGCUUAUCUCUCUAACUAAAUGUAGAACAACCACCCUGUAGACGGGUACGAUCCAAUGAUUUUGUGCAUGUUCUGCAGUUUUCUUGUUUAGGUUGUGUAAUAUUUUAGUGUUAAAUUAACCAGAAAUCUUGGCCCCUGUUCGCAUAUGUUAAAAUUUUGUGUCCAAAAGCUAUUCGAAGCUGCAACUACUGUACUUGCUGGGGUAGAAAUAUCCGCUUGAACAGGAUGUCUUAGCAAAGAUAGAACUGAAAAUCCUGUGGCCUUUGGAGAAUA